UUCCUUCCCCCCCUUCCCUGUUCCUGUUGUUUUCGUCAACCACAAUGAACAACUUGAAGUAGCACCAGGCAGUAUUUUCUAAAAAAUCAUUGGUCAUAACUGAUCCUUUUUUUCCUUAUUGUGCCCCUCCCCACUUGGUGCAAACUCUCUUGUAUUCUUGCUGUGUGUGAACUAUCUUUUCCCAUGUAAGCUUUUGGGGAACAGAUUAUACAUUUUAUAUUUUCAUAUCGCCUUGCUGAAAAGAUAAGUACUAGUCAGUAAAUAACUGAUUUGAUACCACGCCAGAUAGUUUAUAAUGCAACGUGCUGUUUACAAAAGUGUUUAGCAUAUACCAUUUUUUUCCCCUAAUAUAAAUUGUUGAGAUGGAAUGGCCUUCUGUAAAAAGAUAAGCAAAAUGAGAAUCAAAUGUGAAAAGUCUUCCUAAAGAUCACAAUUUCUUAAUUACAACACACACAAAAAGGGGAUGCUAUAAAAUGAUCCAGUUAUGAUCUUUCUCCACAUUUACCAGGUAAACUAUUCACUCUUUAGUAAAGCUCUCUCUAAAUUCUAUCUUCUCAAAUCUCCACAUAGCCUCAAUUCUCAAAUUUUUCAUGUGAAACUAUUGUUCUGUAUUCAAUGGAUUGUUGGGAAUUAUCUGUUCACUGUCCAAGAAGGUAACCACUAGCCACACAUGGUUACUUAAAUUUAAUUAAAAUUAAAUAAAAUGUAAAAUUCCGUUCCUUUGCCACAGUAUACACAUUUCAAGUGCCUAGAAGCUACCAUAUUUGACAACAUAUAUUUCCAUCUUUGUAGAAAGUUCUUUUGGACAGUGCUAUCCAAGAGCCAGGACUUGUCAAGAUCAGAGAUAACAAUAUGACCAAACUGAAAACCAGGCCAGUCAGAACCUGGUUGGUUUUGAGGGAGAAGAUUCACUGGGUGAGGGAGAAGCAAGGUGGCUUUUGGGACGAUGACAUCACAAAGCACAGCUCACAGUGGCUCUGGAACACGGGCUCCCAGGCCACUUUCCUUAACUCUUAUCUAGGGUCCUGGAGCCUCUGAACAUGUAGCUCCUGAAGCUGCUCUUCUUAAAAUGCCAACACAUUCACCUUCAUCUUCUAUCUGGGACACCAUAGAUUAUGCCUCUCUGAGCUCAAUAUGGAAUUGGCUACAAGCAACUUUUCUGGGACAGACUAGUGUGACUCAGCAAACAAAUUUGGGGCUACUAGAUAAUCUUGCUCCGGCUCUGCAAGUUGCCCUCGGGAUUUUCUUUCUUAUUUUCUUGGCAGUAGGACUAUAUGCCUUAUGGAAACGAAGUAUUCGGUCAAUUCAGAGUCUGUUGUUGUUUACAAUCACACUCUACAAACUUUACCAGAAGGGCUCAGAUUUUUUGCAGGCUUUGCUGCUCAACCCAGAAGGGGUUAGUCUCCCAGUUCAAGACAAAAAUAUCCUCCUGUCCUUGGGUCUGCAAGAGAAAAUAUUGAAACAACUUCAGAUGGUGGAAAGCAAAGUGAAGAACCUGGAGGGGAUGAUCAUUUCUCAAAAACCUACCACGAAGAGGGAUUGCUCCUCCGAGCCCUACUGCAGCUGCUCCGACUGCCAGAGUCCCUUGCCUACAUCAGGGUUUACUUCCACAUCUGAAAUCUGAUGGACUCCAAUCUUUUCCAAAAAAGCACCGUUUCCCUUAUGUGUGCAGUGGUGUACCAAUAAAGGUAGAGAACUGUAUUGAAAUUA